UCGAGUUAACAGUUUUGUAAAAAAUUUCACGCUGAAAUCUCAUUAUGUGACUUAAACUGAAUUCAUUUUAAUCAAAUAAAUAUUCUCGUGGAACAACGUAAAACCAAGGUAAUUUAAUUACUGUGGUAAAACCAAGGGUAAAACGUUCUGAAAGUUUACUUUGCAAAUGUCAAAAUUGACAAACAAAACAAAUCGUAAUCAGUUUCAUAUUUUAUUGGUUUUUAAUGUAUUAUUUAUAAAUAAAAACGAUGGAUAUUGAUAAUGUCGAGAGUUGGAGUUCGCAGCCUGAUGUGUGUCGAUGCUGUUUGUCUGCAAGCGGGACGUGGGAUAUCACAGCGUCUUAUAUCACGGAGGCCGGAAGCAAAGAAAUCUUUUACGAAAUGAUACAAGAAUGUUUUGGGAUCUCGAUGUCAUAUCUCACAGAGUGGGGUCCCAGUAGGAUGGUAUGUGACCUCUGUGUGGGGCACUUGAGGGAUGCAUGUAGCUUCCGCAAGCAGGUUGAAGAGGCUGAGAGGCACUUUGUAACUUUUUGUAGCAGUAGAAAAGAUAUCUUCAACCCCGUUACAAUAAAGACUGAGUCAGAUGAUGAGCCAGCAAGUCCAAAUUGUGAUGAUAAUAUCGAGGAUUUCAGUAAAGAAAUAAAAUCACACGAGCAUGAACUUCAACCGAAAAGAAAGAGACAGAAAAUGGCUUUGAAAGGUAAAAGAAAGAGAAAGGUGAUAAGGAAUGAAGAUACAGAUUCUGAUACCCCUAUAGCUGAGUUGUCGAAGAAAAAUGUGCCAAAACUCGAAGUUGAUAUGGUUCAAAAUGAAGUAGAUGAUUGUUCUAGAGUGAGUGAGAUGGGAGAUAAUGAAAAUUGUACAGUAAAUGUUGGUUUAUUCCAAACGAAAACCCAGAAUGAAGGAAAACAAAUAUCGGAAAGAAAACGAGUGAUGCUUACAUGUGACAUUGUCCUCAGGGGCACAAACGCCUGCCCCUUCAGACACCACAAGAGCUGGUUCCAAUGCUUCUUCUGCCAACAAGACUUUAUGGAAAUAAACCUCCUUAGAGACCACAUGCUGCAAACCCACGCGGACAUAGACGUUGAAAUAAAAAAAAUAAAACGUUACCCGCGCUCUUUGCAAAUCGAAAUUUCGAAUCUCUUUUUUUUUUUUUUUUUUUUUUUCCGUUGUUGGCAACUGAGUCUCCAAUACAAUGUUGUCGACUAUACUGCCAGUGUCGAGUGGUGACGGCAGAGUAAUGUACCGUCGACUUUUAACUUUGUGGUAGUAUUUACAUGUUAGUAGCUGAAAAGGACAAAACAUUUGGGUUAGUAAACAUAUAUCAUCUAUAAACCUACAGUUACUAUACUUACCUUACGCUUAAUAGAUAAUUAGAUAUAUAUAUAUAUAUAUAAUAAUUAUAACACAUACAAUAUUUACAUUAUUACACACCGCUACAUUUUAAUAUUAUUUUCAUUCAUAAAUUUGGACAGACACUUAAUUAAUUUGUGGGAAAAAUUAGUUAGAAGGGAGUGGAAGUUGAUUGGGAGUGGGAUUUGGAUUUUGGGAAGGUUUCCAUAUAGGUCAAAGGACUGGGAAUUAAGAGGGCAUGAAAAAAAUAUAUGGUCUAGGGUACCCUCAUCAAGACCGCAUUCGCACAGCGAGCUGUCACGUACGCGUAUCUUGGCGAGGAAUACCGGGCUAGUACAGUGGCCGAGUCUGAGUCUGCACAAAGACGAAACAGUGUGUUUGGGGAGUUUCUUGUGCUUGGAGAACCAAGGUUUCCGUUGGAUAUCGGUCUGGAUACUUGCAUAGUAAGCUCCUUUCCGCUUAGAGGAGUCCGCCCACACUGUAGCCCACGAGUCGAAGAGCUUGAGCUUAGUAUCGGCACGUAUGUCAUACCCAUACACAAUAUAGUGGUGACGUUCAACGUUAUUCACGGCCGCAAACUUUGCCAAUCUGUCAGCACACUCGUUACCGCAUAUACCAGAGUGGCCAGGAAUCCAUGCGAUCUCAAUAUUUAGUCCGUCUCUUUGGCAGGAUAAAAGCAGAGAUUUUAUUUCUAUUAUCAGACUACAAUGCGUCCGGGAAUAUAGCUGAUCUUGACCGAGCGCUUGUAGACUGCUUCGAGAAUCUGAGAAGAUCACUGAGUUGCUGAGGUUGUGCGAUUUAAUAAAUUUGAUGGACUCCAGAAUGCCAACGCAUUCCCCAGUGAACACGGAGGCUUC